AAGAUCAGUUAUUGUCCAGUCGUUGAUCACGUCAGUUGUAGCUUUAGCUUUAUUUUCAAAUGGAAUAUCUUGGAAUUGUGAAGUUAAAAUCGAAUUCCUUCAAACUAAAUAAGCUUAAAUGGCAAAUCAAUUUGAAUUUAAAAUUCUCAAAUUUUCAAAAAAUAAUUUUAAUUGUUUCAAUAAUUCUUGCCAUAAAAUAUUACAAUGGACCUGCUGAAAAUGUCUAUUUUAAACAGCGAUGGCUUGAUGGAAAAACAUUAAAAGAAGCGAGUAGCAACAAGCUGUUGAAGCCAUGGCAUCAGUCGUUGACAUCCAAAAAUAUAUUUUUCCAUGAAACAAGCUUAAUUGAAGACGGAAUAAUAAGGUUAAAUGCAAGGCAGGCAUGUGCUAUAGAAUCGGCAGCACUGACAAACCCGAAUCACAAUAUUUUCGUCAUGUUUGCCUCACAAGUUGGAUUCAGGAACACAUCGGAACUGCCAAUUAUUGAUGCACUGCUUUCAUAUCCGAAUAUUAAUUUGAAUUAUUUAAAUGUCACAAAAUAUGCUGAGAACACGCCGCUAGAAAAUUGGAUCAAGACUGACGCAUUAUUUAGGUCUAAGUAUGUAGCUGUUCAUACUGCGGAUGUCUUGAGAUUACUUUCAUUAUUUAAGUAUGGAGGAUCUCACAUAGAUUUAGAUAUUGUUGUGAUGCAGUCGUUGGAUUCGCAAGGAGCUCAGAAUUUUGCAGGAGCUGAGGAACAUGACUCAGUUAAUAAUGCAUUUAUACAUUUAACUGGUGAAUCUGGUCACAAAAUUGCUGAAAAGCUGGUUGGAGAAAUCAAAAAUAAUUUUAAUGGACGAGAUUGGGCUCACAAUGGACCACGGGCACUUACUAGAGUCCUAUCCAAAAUAUGCGGAACUAAGGAUGUUAAAAAGAUGACUGAAAAUGACAUUUGUGAAAAUUUUAAAGUUUUACCGAUCGAGAAGUGCUACAACAUUACAUGGUUUGAGAAUAGAAUGUUUUUUGAGGAAAAGCACUUGGAACGGACACUUGAUCGAUUGAUGGAUUCACUGAUGGUUCACAUUUGGAACUCCCAAAAUGCCAAAAUACCUUUAACAAAAAAUGACAAUGUUGCUUACAUUCAUCUGGCUAGAAAAUACUGUCCGAAGACACUCAAGGCAUGUGAUAAGUUUUGAUUUCUUGAAAGGUUUUAGAACUUUGUCAACUUGGCUGCUUAAGGGCUGUUCAUAAAUGACGAUCAAGAUUUUAUCAAAUUUGUAAAUAAAAAGAACUCAAAAUUGC